GUGUUGUCUCGCUCUAAGCUCUCUGGUGCCAGUUGUCGAUAGUUGUGCUGCAGCCAUGGUGAAGGCGGUGUGUGUGCUGGCGGGAAGCGGCGAUGUAAAGGGUGUGGUGCGCUUCGAGCAACAGGACGAUGGUGACGUGACAGUGGAAGGGAAGAUCGAGGGUCUGACUGACGGAAAUCACGGCUUCCAUAUCCACGUGUUUGGGGACAACACUAAUGGCUGUCUCAGCGCCGGCCCUCAUUUCAACCCGCAGAACAAGAAUCACGGAUCCCCCAAAGAUGCCGACAGGCACGUUGGGGAUCUUGGCAAUGUGACGGCUGAAGGUGGUGUUGCUCAGUUCAAAUUCACAGACCCUCAGAUCUCCCUGAAAGGCGAGCGCUCGAUCAUUGGCCGUACUGCUGUGGUCCAUGAGAAGCAAGAUGACUUGGGCAAAGGUGGAGAUGACGAGAGUCUGAAAACUGGCAACGCCGGGGGUCGCUUGGCAUGUGGUGUGAUUGGAUUCUGCCCGUGACCAUGUCCCGCACGUGAUGCCCCCAAGCUCUUAGUUUAUGUCAAUUGCUCUCCUUAAUUAAUUCUCAUCUGCAGUUGUUUUCUCUCUUGUAACGAUCUCCAUUCUUGUUGUGUUCAUCCUACAGAAUAAAGGACACCCCCUUGCCUUCAA